CUGAGCUGUGAGUCAGACAGUUCUGGUCCUCAGAGUCAGACAACAAGGAGAAGCUCCUCUGCUGGCCAGGCGAUUUCCCUGCUAACAUUUGAGGAGAAGAUGGAAUCAACAACUCCCGAUUAUAACUAUACUUAUGACGAUGAUGAUGAGAAGCCGGUUGGACCAUGUAAUCGGGACAGUGACAACUUACUGGGAGCUCAACUGUCCACCAUUUACUACUUCAUGUUUCUCUUCAGUCUCUUUGGCAACGGGCUGGUCCUGGUCAUCAUCCAUCGGUUUGAGAAGCUGACCACUGUGACCAACAUCUUGCUGCUGAACCUAGUGGUGUCCUCCCUGAUCUUCAUGAGCAGUCUUCCCUUCUUGGGAGUCUACAAGCAGCUCUCCAACUGGAUCUUUGGCAAAGUAAUGUGCAAGAUUGUAGGCAGUGUCUACUACCUGGGUUUCUACAGUUCUGUCCUGUUUCUAACUCUCCUGACCUUCGACCGACACCUUGCUGUUGUUUACUCCAUGGGUGGGUCACAGGUGAGGAAUCAACGCUAUGCGCUGCUCUCCUGUGCUGUGGUGUGGCUGGUCAGUGGUCUGGCGUGCAUCCCACAGAUGAUUCUCCACACAACUUUUAUUCAUCAUAUGACCAACAAAACACUCUGUCAGGAACAUCCUGGUUACUUGACAUUUGUUGAUGCAGACAAGCUGAGAGAUUCUAGAUUUUAUCUUCAACUUUUCCUUUUCUUGCUCUUUCCUCUGAUUGUUAUUGUGUACUGCUACAUUAGGAUUGCUAUCACUGUCAUAUCAUCCAAGAUAGUUACCAAGUUCAAGACAGUCAGGCUGAUAUUUAUCAUUGUCCUGUUGUUUUUUAUAUGCUGGACCCCAUUCAAUGUUGUACAACUAUUACCUGAUGAAGACCUGUCCUGUGAGGAAUUACAGAAGAGGGGUUAUGCACUUCAAGUCACUCGUGACAUUGCCUACAUUUACUUCUGCAUCAGUCCCAUCUUCUAUACAUUUGUUGGGAGAAAAUUCCAGAGCUACUUCAGACAGCUGCUGGUGAAACGCUUCCCAGGGUUAAAGAAGCAUAUUUCUGUCAGUCAGGUCAGCAGAACUAGUAUGUCCACAAAAAGUACACAAAAUGAAUUAUAGGGAUGGGGACCCCUUUGUAUCUCAGGCCUGCCAUGUGUUCAACACACCAUGGUUUUAUAAGCAACUGAAGGAAGUAUGUUAAGGUGGAAAGCAAUGACAUGAGUAGGGAUAUCAUUUUGCCUAUAGCAGAAGUAAAGCCAAAAUAUAAACCAUAACAACAUCCAUAUGUCAGUUAGUUAUGUCGCUAAUUUCACCUUUCUUAAGCAGGUGAGAACAUGUUUUGAAAGUUUGUUGUCCAGCCCAAAACAAAGCUGCUACCUCUUCAUCAUGACCAUGCCAUCAUGACAUAUGUAAAUGUGGACAGAAGAGGUAUGUUUAGCUCAGCUACAGGAAGAGAUGGAUCCCUACAGAAAAGCACACCAUUCCUUCUUUGUAUAUACAGUAUUUACAGACUUUUUGUCAACUAUUUGAGCUUGAUUCUCCAGUGAUUUUUAAGGUUUCAUUCAAGUUUUAUUAAGGUUUCAUCAAGGUUCAUUUACAAACUAGUUUGGGAGACCUUCUGUCCUCUAGUGGUCAGAAGUUGAUAAAUAACACUUUACAUUUAAAGUUAAUGCCUAAGGGUUGCUGGGUCCUGGUUGUGGUUAUGGUUAAAUAAUCAGCAUCUGCCAUAAUCCCAUCUUCUAAGUAUUCACACCUGUGCCUGUAUAUAUGUCAGAUCACACUUAGUUAUGCACCACAGUGCCACAAUCAUGAUUUAUUUCAUAUACACUGUUCCCUCAUGAUGUUGCAAAUUUUGCACCCAAUAUUACAGUUAACUGCAUCACCUUUGUGUGACAGAAUGUAAAAGUUGGGCUGUUGAACAAAGUUAAGGAUCCAUAGUUUCUUAAUCCUUACAUCGUUGAGCAAAUGUUAAAACUCUUUGUAAAGGACUAUUGGAUGUUAUACAAAAAGUGUUUUGCUCUGUAUUUUCGCCAUACAGCCUAAACUCUCAUUUUUAAUGGUUAUCUGUAUCUCUCACAGCUUUUCAUGACUUCACUUAAUUUGGAUCCUCACUAAAAUGUCAGUAUAGUUUGGAAAAAAAAAAGGCUGAUUAAGUAUAAGAAUUUACAUUAUGAUAAGAGCACUUUGUUGAACACCAGACAGUGGAGCUUUAGCUGCAUCCAAAUAAAGUCCAAAACAAUGAAUCAAGCAUGUAUAAUCAUUGUCCAGUCAUUUUCCAUGCCUGUAAGUAUAUCUGCUCUGAUUUUGGUUUGGUUGGUUCAAUCUCGUGUUGUUUAUGUGUUUUUUUGUGUUUCUAAUGCAUCAUGUCCUUAUUAAUCAUGUUGAUGAUAUUUUAAAGUGAUUAUUCAUUCUUUGUCAAGUUUCAUAUAAAGCACUUUUUACUUAGAAAUAAAACAGUGAAAAAGCAGCACCAAAAAAGGGAGUUAAACACUUAAUGGGUUGUUGAUUUUUGUUUGGUUUGUGUGUUCUCUAAAUCUAAACUAUUUGAUUAAAUCAACCCUUUUCUUCACGUCACACAUAUUUCCAGAAUAUAUGUACAUACCUUUUCAAAACAUCCCUUUUACUGAAAACAUUCUUUUCAGAAAGCAACUAUCAAGGAUUUGAGUAGAAGUUUAAAUACAAAUACAUGUUUCUCAUGUCCAUGUUCAAAAGAGGACAAGACUGAUUACAUUGCUGAUCUGGACAGUUUCCUCCACAUAACCAAGAAUUGAAGUUCAGAGCUAAAAAUGUUGUCAUGAAGAAAAUUGGCUCAGGGGAGCAGACCUGGACAUAUUUUUAUCUUCUGCAUAAAGCCUAGUGUUGAUGUCUCUGUUGAAAGGAUUCAGCUAACGUUCAUCUUGAGUGAGGUUGAAAAACAGCAGAGGAGGGUUGCUGGUCCAAAUCCCCUGACAGAGAUCUGAGUGUGGAUGAGUAAGUGAGCAUCGAUCUCCUUUCUCUCUCAUUUAAGAUG